AUGGCUAAGGUGGAUGUUUUUCGAGAGAUUUUUUCUCUAUCUUGUGCCUUUGUGAUGGAGGAGGAUGGUUUCACUUGGAGCUUUUCUAGGGUGUAUGGGCCAGUUGAUGAUGAUGUGAGGGGUGGUUUAUGGGAGGAGUUGAGUGGGGUGAAAGAGAGGUGGUCUCUUCAUUGGUGUGUGGCAGGUGACUUUAAUGUGGUGAGGUUCCUGGCAGAGAGAUCUUCAGAAGGUGCAUGGACUCGGGCUAUGAUGCACUUUUCUGACUUUAUUGAUGGUCAUCAGCUUAUUGAUCUUCCUCUUGAGGGAGCUUCUUUCACUUGGUCCAGUGGAAGGGAAAUACCAACUCUCUCUCGUCUUGAUAGAUUUUUGAUCUCCGGUGACUGGGAAGAGAAGUUCCCGGAUAUUGUUCAGGCUGUGUUGACUAGGGUGACUUCGGAUCACAUUCCUUUGGUUCUGGAUUGUGGAGGGUUGAGAUCUCGUUGCACUCCUUUCAGAUUUGAGAGUAUGUGGCUUCGUGUGGAUAACUUCCAGGGACUUGUGCGUUCGUGGUGGGAGGAGAACCUGGUGGUGGGUACGUCGAGUUUUAUUCUUGCAGGAAAGCUUCAUAUUCUGAAAAAUAAUCUUAAAAGGUGGAAUAAGGAGGUUUUUGGGAGCUUGGAGUGGAGAAAGAAUAGGGCUUUGGCUGAUAUUGCCGAGAUCGAUAGACUGGAAGGGGAGUGUGUUCUUUCUGAAUCCCAACACAGUAGGAGAGCAGCUUGUCAAGCAGAAUGUGUGGAGAUUGCAGUUUUGGAGGAAAUUUCGUGGCUUUUGACUACGGAGGAGGAGGUGCGUAGCGGUAUUGUCUCUUUCUACCAAAAGCUCUAUUCUGAGCCUCUUCGAUGGAGGCCGCGUCUUGAUGAUCUUCACUUUGAUUCUAUUUCUACAUUGGAAAGAGAUGGGUUGGAAAAUCCUUUUUCGGAGGAAGAGGUGCUGAAGGCCCUUAAGAGCUGUUAA